AUCCGAGCCAACCAGCAAUUGCAGCUGCUGCCAAUGGCUUCCACCACUUGGGCUGCUCUCCUUUUAUCUGCUUUCCUCUUUUCUUCCCCAUUUAGUGCCAAUGCACAAUCACCUGCAGCUUCCCCCUCUUCCACCCCGGCUGCAGCCCCUCCCCGCACCACCCCUCCACCAGUUACACCUGCAGCCACUCCUCCUCCCAGCACCCCUCCGCCGGUUACACCUGCAGCCACUCCUACCUCACCCCCGACUCCAAGAGUUGCACCUGUGAUCAGCCCGGCAACUCCUCCUCCCCAGCAGCCGCCGCCACUGAGCCCUCCUGUUUCAGCUCCAUCCCAGCCACCGUUACCUCCUGUAUCACCCCCUCCGGCUCCAUCCUCGCCUCCUCCGGCUCAAGCGCCUGCACCCAUAAGCCUGCCACCGGCUGCAGUGCCAGCUCCGGUUCCUGCCAAGCAUAAGAAGAGAAAGCAUAAACACAAAGGGCAUCAUCAUGCCCCAGCUCCCGCACCAACUCCUCCCAGCCCUCCAUCCCCUCCGGUCCUAACAGAUACCCAGGACACAGCUCCAGCUCCAGUUCCAUCUCAGGAUCAGAAUGGAGGAUAUUCCCUGCAGCAGCUUGGAGGAAGGCUAGGAAUGUGGCUGAAUACGGGAAUUGGACUUAUCAUUCUUCUGGCGAUGACGGGCUAAGAUCUCAAGCUCUAUAGAUAUCGCUCGCGUGUAUGCAUUUCAAAGAUCAUUACAUUUUCCUCCAUACAUAUACCCGUUAUACCGAUUCAAAUAAUACCAUUUUUUGAAUUCCUUUAAAACCA